AAAGAGAAUAGCUAGAUUAGAAUAGUACUUUUGAAUUUUAAUGAUAUCUGAAUUUUCUGUAUUUAUUUAUUGAUGGGAAUUAUGCUUCCACAAAACUCUCUCAAUCUUAAAAAAAAAAAAAAAAAAAAAAAAUUAUACUCAAAAUUGUCUACAGCAAAUCCACUCCGACUGUGGACAGACGGGUGCAUACAUGGUGGUCCAUUCAUCUCCAUCUCAUUUUCAUUUCCUUAAUUUCUUUUUAGCUUAAUUUCUAAUAUCCAUCACCAUCUUUUCUCUCUCUCCUUUCACCCCCUCAAAAUAGCUCCUUUCUUUAAUGUUUGAUUUCAGGCCACCCCAUUUCAAUUUACAGGGUUUCUUUCUCUACUAGCUAGCUACAAUAUUUUUAUUUUCUCUUUUGUUCAAGAUUCCAAUUCGUCCUGAAUUCAUCUGGGAUUAUCAUUGGGACCUUUUUCCAAGGGGUUGUUCUCUGGUAGUGUUGCCCCAUCAAUGUCAUCAAUUAUUCCUGCCAUGAGGUCUGACUCUUCCAUGAAGAGCCACAACAUUCCACCAGAAGAAGCAGAAAGUGAAUCGAAGAAGACUGCAGCAGCAAAUGGACCUGCAGGACAUAGCAAAAAUUCUGAAAAUAUGAUGUCUAAUCCUCCCCUUGAUCCUAGAAUGAUGGAUCCUCACCGUCAAACCGCACCAGCACUACCUAAUGCCAAGACCAUCCAUGGCCAUACCGCUAGUAAUCGUAGUGACAGCUUAGAGAGCUCCAAUGCACCAUUUAAGCCCCACACUGGUGGUGAUGUCCGAUGGGAUGCUAUUAACAUGGUGAAUGCCAAAGGUGCAAUUGGCCUCAGUAACUUUCGGCUCCUCAAGCGUCUUGGGUAUGGAGAUAUAGGGAGUGUUUACCUUGUUGAACUUAGAGGAACUAACGCUCAUUUUGCUAUGAAAGUAAUGGAUAAGGCUUCGCUUGCAAGUAGAAACAAGCUACUAAGAGCACAAACGGAGAGGGAGAUUCUUGGUCUUCUUGAUCACCCAUUUUUGCCUACCUUGUAUUCUUAUUUUGAGACUGAUAAGUUCUAUUGCUUGGUCAUGGAGUUCUGCAGUGGAGGCAAUCUUCAUUCUCUCCGCCAGAGGCAACCCAACAAGUAUUUUUCUGAGGAAGCAGCCCGGUUCUAUGCUUCAGAAGUAUUGCUGGCGCUGGAGUAUCUGCACAUGUUAGGCAUUGUUUACAGGGACUUGAAGCCAGAAAAUGUCCUAGUAAGAGAUGAAGGUCAUAUAAUGCUCUCUGAUUUCGACCUCUCACUUCGCUGCUCUGUCAAUCCAACCCUCGUCAAGUCCUCAUCUACACAUGCAAGCAACGGCGGAGGGAAUGGUGGUGGAGGUAUUUUGGACGAUGACUAUGCAGUGCAUGGUUGCAUGCAGCCCUCAACAUUUUUCCCUCGCAUUUUGCCAAGCAAAAAGAAUCGUAAAUCCAAAUCAGACUUUGGCCUCUUCGUCGGAGGCUCACUCCCAGAACUAAUGGCAGAACCCACAAAUGUACGCUCCAUGUCAUUUGUAGGCACCCAUGAAUACUUAGCCCCAGAGAUCAUUCGUGGAGAGGGUCAUGGCAGUGCGGUAGACUGGUGGACUUUUGGGAUCUUCUUAUACGAGCUGUUACAUGGAACAACUCCAUUUAAAGGCUCAGGAAAUAGGGCUACCCUAUUCAAUGUUGUAGGGCAGCCAUUGAGAUUCCCAGAUACACCACAAGUGAGCUCGGUCGCUCGGGAUCUGAUUAGAGGACUUCUGGUGAAGGAACCGCAUAAACGCAUUGCAUGCAAAAGGGGAGCCACAGAGAUAAAACAACAUCCAUUUUUUGAAGGAGUAAACUGGGCUCUGGUCAGAAGUGCCAUGCCUCCGCACGUACCUGAACCGGUAGACUUCUCUCAAUAUGCUAGCAAAGAGCCACCACCAGCUGCUAAUAACAAGAAGAUGGAAGAUACUGGAGUUGAUAAAACCAGUGGUAGUCCUCAUCAACAUGACUCCUCCUAUAUAGAAUUUGAAUACUUUUAGGAUUAUUAAGAGUUUAAGACUCCUAUCUUGAAUUUUCAUUUUUGAACGGAAAUUUUAAGUUGUAAAAAAAAAAAAAAGCCCAAAUAAGAUACUGAGAGUAAAUAUGUCUAAUUAAGAGGAUUUUUGUUGAUAUUAAAAUUUGAUUAAUUCUUUCUAGGUGAGGAGAAAUAAAUACUGUAUA